GUAAUAAUGGUAAUAAUUAUCUUAUUGACAAGAAUAGCAACGAGCAACAGCGUUUACUCUAUGCCAGGCUUUUACCUAAACUCCAUACACAUAUUGUCUUCUCUUUCCAACUACCGAAAGUAUUUCAUUGUGAGGAAAAUGAGUCAUUCCCUGAAGAUACCAGUUACUGGUGUCCCAAAAUCAGAUAAUCCACUCUUGGGAAAAGGCCACAAAGUACAUUUCUCAAAUACUGUAAAGACAAAGGAAAAACAACAAAAUAAAGAUGUUUCGGCUCAUGUGAUACAGAGAGCUUGGUUAUCUCAUCUCGACAAAACUGUGUUUCAACUCCUUAAGCAUACAAUUUGUGCAGCGGAACAUCACGUGACACAUGAAAUUUUGAAGAAAGUGAGCCCUUUAGAGGCUGAGCUUGUUAAAGAUCCUUGCAUGAAGUGUAAAGUUAGAUUCAGAUUUAGUGGCGAAAUAUUUCCACCUUUCAUCGUAUUUAAAAUUUUUCUUCACACUGAAGGCCAUGGUUAUAAGUAUUUCAGCGGAAAAAAAUUUUUAAAGCCAUCAAGUGAGGCUGAGGCUGAUGCUUACAAAAUAAUGGGGGAAAAGAAAUUUUAUCAUCAAAUUAAGGAAGAUGAACGUCUUUUCCAGAAGUUCAAAAUAACUGAUGACAAAGAUAUUGUCACCCUGAAAGAUUACAUGCAAGAACCAAAAAUGGACAUACCAGGUGCAAAGCAGAAAGAGACAGUUGUCCUCUCCACCCCAUCUUUUGACAUUGUGAAAGUUAAAGAACUCCUGUCAGAUGACGAAUUGGAAAAAGAGGAAAAGGAAUUAUUUGCCUGGUGUCAAGACUUGUUUAUUAAUAACUCUCCAUUUUAAAGCACAGCUAAUUGACAGAAAACCAACUUAUUUAACAGUCUGCUUAUCUGUCUAUAAAUGAGUAUAUGCAUUAAAGGAAAACAAAAUAUAAACAAGUGCUCAGUAUGCUCUCUUAAGCAAAUGUGCGACAGAUUUUAAAGCCCUUUCUGUAUUACCAUAGGUACAGGUAUUUUUUUACUGACAGAAUUUUAAUCUAAAUAAUUUCAAAUAGGUGCCCUCAAACUAGCUACAUAACAUUUUCUUCAAGA